CCCGCGUCUGGACCCCACGUAAGCAUGGUUUGUCCAAUGUUGUCCUCUUCUGUUGGUCUUGAACAAAACCGGCGAGCACCCCAUGCGUGAACGUCAAUCCAUGUUUUCGCCUAGCCUCCUCUACCAAAUGACCACCCUCAACGACCCCAAGCGGUCGCUCUAGCGCAUUUCACAUCCGACAUGUCGUUGCCAUCAACUGCUGGCCAUGCUCCCCUCCCGGCACCCUCUGCCUCUGACCUCCCAGACCCCGAUGGCAAACAGUCGGCCGCUGAGACGGGCAUGAUUGCAAGCCCCGGCACCAAGACUGAGGCCGCGUCUGAUGCAGCACCCGACACAGUCCCGAACGGCGACAACACUGCCGAGCACACCCCCAAGUCCAAGGUCUACCAUACUGGCUGGAGGCUUCACGCCCUGACGGCAGCGCUUUGUCUGAGCUUACUGCUAUCGACCCUCGAGACCACCAUCGUCAGCACGGCGCUCGUGUCUGUCGUCGAUGCUCUCCACGGCUUCGACAAAGCCAGCUGGAUUGUGACGUCUUACUUGGUCACGUACACUGGCUUCCUGAUCAUCUACUCGAAACUCAGCGACAUCCUCGGAUGCAAACUGAUGCUGCUAUGCGCAAUCACUAUAUUCACCGUGUUUUCUAUGGCUUGUGGCGCGUCUGACUCCAUGCCCCCCCUGAUCGUGUUUCGGGCGUUCCAGGGUGUAGGUGGCUCGGGCAUCUACUCAUUGUCGACCAUCAUGGUGCCGCUCAUGGUGCCCCCGCAGAAAUACCCGACCUAUAUCUCCAUCAUCUCGUCCACGUUUGCCAUCUCCAGCGUCUUGGGUCCGAUCCUAGGAGGAGCGAUUACUGAUCGUACCACUUGGCGAUGGGUCUUCUUUUUUAAUGGACCUGGAGGAGUGGUCGCGGCUGCGCUGCUUUACUUGUCGGUUCCCUUCAGCUUCCCAUACGGAAAAUCCAACAACUUUUCCCACUCCAUAACAUCAGAGCAAACGUGGAGACGAAUCGAUUUCGUCGGUGCGUUCCUGUCUCUGGCUGGGUCCAUUCUCAUCAUCUUCGCUCUAGAACAAGGCGGUGUGGCCUAUCCAUGGGGAAGUGGCACUAUCAUCUCGACUCUCAUCCUGUCAGCCAUUCUCUGGGUCGGGUUCGUGGCCUGGGAGAGAUGCAUUUCGAAAAGAGAUGGAGUUUGCGAACCCAUAUUCCCAUGGAGACUUGCUCAUAAUAGGUUCGCCAUGGGACUACUUCUCAAUGGCUUCUUCACAGGCUUCCCCUUCAUGGCGGCUCUUAUCAACAUACCUCAGAGACUGCAGACGGUCAAUAUGACGACAGCUACCAGGGCUGGCAUCAGCAUGCUGCCCCUCCUUCUCCUUUCCCCCUUCGCAACGAUUCUCGCCGGGACGUUGGUGUCUAAAUUGAAGAUCCCGCCUCUUUAUAUCCUCGUCCUCGGAUCUUCUCUUCAGAUGAUAGGCGUGGGUUUGUUUAGCUCCCUGGAGUCGUCAACAUCCAUCUCUCCAGCACAAUACGGCUAUCAAGUUCUUAUGGGACUAGGUUUCGGCUUCGGCCUCAGCACGAUACUUAUGAUGGUGCCAUUGAUAGUCACCGAGAGGGACCAAGCCGUUACCAUGGGUGCAGUCACACAGAUCCGGGUACUUGGCGGUACGAUAGGACUUGCCGCCUGCGCUGCUAUACUGAUUAACCACAUCAGAACGGAAGCUUCGAAGUUUCUGACGGCCGACCAGGUCGCAUCGAUCCUUUUAUCCUCGGAAAAUAUCGCCUUCCUACCCAUCGAGAUGCAAACGCGGACAAGAGUGGUAUACGCGGCCGGCUAUAGUGAGCAGAUGAGAAUUAUGCUCUACUUUUCUGCGGCAGCGACCCUGUCGCUGCUGUUGGUCAUCGAGCGGCGGCCCCGUCGACUGGUGGUCACCCCCGCAACGGAGUCGACAUCAUGAAAUAGCAGAAAUCCCACCUACGUUACGCUCUGUUCCCCUCGUAGACAUCCUCGCCGCUAUACGGACCGAUUUGUCGGCACUGCCACUCCUAAGGUCCGAAAUACCUGGUCUGUAAGUACAUCUCGGAGGCUACGUAGAGUGAUGAGCACACCCUCUAUGACCACAGCAACUCAACCAAUGCAUGGCGAUUGAAGAUUUAGUAUUGGAAGGCAGGACCUCACCCCUGUCGCGGCCUGAGCUGAAGGCGCCGCAGCAAGGGAUAUGCAGCCCAGGCAAGGGAUGAGAUCCGAGCCUUAGCAUGAAUCAAGACCUAUAAGAGGUAGGCAGGUUAGGUUAUAAAAUAGGUGAUCAGAGGCACUGGAAACACAAUUUAGUUAGCCAUCGCAACAUUAUCUUCAACAUAGCACAAAAUGUUCAGAUCCUGAUCUGCCCCAAG